UUCUCUCACGGCCUCAGUCUCUUAAGCACACGCACACACAGCUGAAACUCGAAGAGGUCCGCAACUCCUCGACCAAGCUCAUUUCUCUUACUCACUGAAACCUCAGACGCCGGAGAUAAUCGCCCAUCAAUCCGGAGGAAGAAGAUGGGGACCCUUGGCAAAGCCAUAUACACCGUCGGAUUCUGGAUUCGCGAGACCGGUCAAGCCCUUGAUCGCCUCGGUUGCCGCCUCCAAGGCAACUACUACUUCCAAGAGCAACUGUCUAGACAUCGGACUCUUAUGAACAUAUUUGAUAAAGCCCCUGCGGUUGAUAAGGAUGCAUUUGUAGCCCCUAGUGCCUCUAUCAUUGGGGAUGUUCAAGUUGGAAGAGGAUCGUCUAUUUGGUAUGGAUGUGUCUUGAGAGGGGAUGUGAACAGAAUUAGUGUUGGAGCUGGAACUAACAUACAAGAUAAUUCCCUCGUGCAUGUGGCAAAAUCUAAUCUAAGUGGGAAGGUGCUACCAACUAUAAUUGGGGACAAUGUUACUGUAGGUCAUAGUGCUGUUUUACAUGGAUGUACUGUUGAGGAUGAAGCUUUUGUUGGUAUGGGAGCAACACUUCUUGAUGGUGUUGUUGUCGAGAAACACGGCAUGGUUGCUGCUGGAGCCCUUGUGAGACAGAACACUAGGAUUCCUGCUGGAGAGGUGUGGGGAGGCAAUCCAGCAAAGUUUUUGAGAAAGCUAACUGAUGAAGAGAUUGCCUUUAUUUCGGAGUCAGCCACCAAUUAUUCCAAUCUUGCACAGGUUCAUGCUGCUGAGAAUGCAAAGCCUUUUGAUGAGAUUGAGUUUGAGAAGGUACUCCGCAAGAAAUUUGCUCGUCGGGAUGAGGAGUAUGAUUCAAUGCUGGGUGUUGUUCGGGAAACUCCUCCUGAACUUGUACUUCCAGAUAAUGUCCUACCAGAUAAAGAACCUAAAGCAAAAUGAGCUUUUUCAUGGGAUACUGUUUAAAUUCAAAUCUUCAUAUUUGACUUUGGAGGAAUAUUUGUUGCUUUGUGCAAAUACAUUCAGAAGGGUUCACCUUCUUUCCAAAUAAUACCAGACUUGUUUAGGGUAGAAUUAUGGCGGCUUAAAAGCUUUGGGCUCUGCUCUACUUGUGGCUGUUUAGGUGUUCUAUUUGCUUCCAUGGGAGAACUAAUGCCACAAAGCCGAAUGUAUUUUGAUGUUUUUGUCUUCCUAAGAAAUUCAGUUUCAAUAUUUUCUUGCU